AUUUUGGUUACAUUACACAGGCGACUUCCCGGAUGCAACUCAAUCUGGUGGAUCGAAGUAUGGAUCUUUUGGAGGACUGCCACAAACUUCUAGAAAAAUUCCAUUAUCCGUACGAAAUGAUGCCUCUCAUGUACGCCAUUCUUAAAGACGCCAGAGCCGAUCUUGAUGAAGCAUCGCGACGGAUAGACGAAGGAAAACAGGUGGUAAACGAGUAUUCGAGAACACACAACCUCAACAUGUAUGAUGGCGUGAAACUUCGUCCCUCAAGCCAUACGAAAACCACACAGGAUAGAAGAAUCAGCUCCUUCACCGAGUCAGCAGCCUUUAAAAGAGAGAAAAUUGUUGCCUGGCUCUAAUGCAGCGUACCUGGACUUCCGAACCAAAGCUGCCGCCUACCUCUACGCCCCCUACAACAACUGCUACUCAUCGGGAGCCACCGUGUUUCCUCCUCUAUAUCUUUCGUCAUUCUAUCCAGCAUCGUCACUAUUGCCGCCCACCAUGCCGCCCAAUCUCUGUUCCAGGCCGCCCUCACCAAGAUCGCCGCACAACCUUACCAUGCCACUUCGGCUCCACAGCAUUGCUGGAUAGACUUGGUGUGCCAUUAUGUACCUAAACUUCACCCAACCGAAUUACUAGUGUAGAAGAAAAUUUGUGAUUGAUAAGUUUACAUAAGUAGGGACGUAUUCCAAAUAGCUCCGUCUUCUAUGGUAUUGUGCUCGUCCUGUGGCGGUUAUUUCGCACAAUAUCCUGCUUCUGAAGAGCAUUACGAUUGUAUUUUUUAGGCAGCGGAAGCGGCAGGAUAUUGCUCGAAGUUAGCACCGAAAGCAAUGUACUCCACCCAAAGUUUAAUAAAUAAUAUAAUAAAUUCUGGAAUUUAUAUAUACAUACAUAGUUUAAUGUACAUAGGUUCGGAUACCAUUAGAUUAGUGUAGACGGCAGACACUCCCUGUAUAUCUAGGGGCUAGAUUUUCUUCUAUAAAAUUCUAUUCAUAUACAGAGCGCAAAAUUCAGCAUAACAUUCAGUAUAUGUAUGUAAAUGCCUCCGACUUUCAGUGUACACAGUGUGGGCGCAGUUUGGAAGCAUUUUUAAUUUAAUUAUCGUAAUAUCAAUGUUCCUAACAUUAUGCUAUUUUUUUACUAUUGUAGUGGAUUUUUAUAUAGUGUGGUUUUUUGUUAGUAACUGUGGGCCAUCAAUUGGAAACCGCGCUAAUUUCAGCAGCCCCAAGAUAGGAAAUUGAUUUGGUCGAUUUUGGGCACUUGUUACACUGAGAAAAAGUUUCACAAACCAAACAAAACCGUUGUUUCCUUUCCUAUCUGGGUGUACUGAGAAUGGGAUCAGUAGUGUUUCGAUUUGCCAUACUUGCGUAACAUUAAUUGCAAGAAACUACUAGAGCGUUCCUUUUAGGGCCUAAAUGAUUGGUUUGAAUCACGUGAUAUUGUAAAUCGAUGCGUUUUAGCUCUAGGUUUUGUAAAUAUAGAUGAUAAGCAUACGGAUAUGUUCGAACAAAUACUUGUAGGACCUAAAGAAAAUAUGUUUUUCUGUAGUUUUUCCAAAGAAAAUUCCUGGAUUUGGGUCUUGGUUGUACUUUAGUGGAAUGUUAUCAGUUACAGGUUCGAAAAUUGUUUAGUAUUAAUGGGUUUCAAUGACAUACAUCACCAUAAACAUGCCGAAUUGUCUUUAGUACAAGUUAUUUAUUGCUCAAUUUUUGUUAACUAGUUUUUAGAGUCUGAAAAUUCGAAAUGGGCUCACACCAACCAUCUGCGAUUCGAGUAAAUAAACCACCCCAUUUUCUUAUCUAGGAAUCAUUACUGAUAGUUAUUGUUCUUGACUGUACAUAGAAUUUUUUGUUUUGUUACAUGUGUAGUAAGUGACUUUAAUCCGUAGCAUUUAAGGUAAACGUGUUUCUAAAAAUUUAAACCAUGUACUGCAGACCCUCUAAAUGUACUCAGUAAAAUAGAUGUUUAUGUUUGAAAA